GUGUCACGCAUGUGACAGGAUCUGGAGCUGGUCUCUCGGUUGCAGAGAUAUAGCCUCCUUCUUGAGAGAGCAUACAUGCUCAACAGCCUGGAUGCUAAUGCUUCAAGACCUAGUCAUUAAUAGUGAAGCUUCUGUGUGUUUCAAAGAGUAGCAGCAUGGAUCGCGCUCGCAGUGUCGUCCGCGCUGAUCCGAACCCUCACCAAGAGAUGCGGUCGCGGAUAAGAAGACUCUUUGAUGUCUCUGACAAAAAGGAUGCACGCCCCACCCGUUCGAGUGCAAGUGCGAGUGCGAAUGAACGAACCCCUACCUUACCGGGAAGCAAGAUGCAGGGCGAUAUCACCGAAGAGCACAUUGAGGGAGUCUUGGACUGGCUCCAGACAGUUGUCAGAGAUGGACCGAUGGUGCGAUCGUUUGAGGGACUCAGAGACGGGGUUGUCCUCUCGCAGGCUGCCCGAGACAUUCUGCCCAGCACACCUAGGAGCCUGGUUGCUGACCCAAAGCUGGAACUGAUUGGUAUACUAGCAGCACACUAUGAACAGGAGUUGCACGCCCCAACAGAGGCUGCUGCAGUAGGUCCUGACGUUGAAGCUGCAGCCGCAGGCGACUACAGCGCCUUGCUCAGGCUUGUGCAGAGGCUAUUGUUUGCUGCCCUCACAGGGCCCAAGAAGGGACAAUAUCUUGAUGGCGUUCUCGCUCUUAAGCGAACCUCUCAGAGAACGGUGUUGAGAUUGUACCGAGCUUACGAGGAAGUUCUGAAGGAAGCAGGAGAAGGCCCUGUGCACUGGACAUCGGUGGACCCAUAUGAACAGGCCCGGGUCAGGGAGCAACUGAGUAUGGCUCAGGAACAGAGCUCUAGUCUGCAGGCUGAGAAGGCCUCUCUCCUGGAAGCCACGAAAAGCAAGGAGGCGCAAAUGGCGGCCCUGUGGCUGAAGCUGGAAGCAAGGGCGGCUGAAGUCCAGGAGCUUCAACAGUGCAACAGAGAGUUACAGGAGGAUCAGGCGAAAAGCGCACAUGAGCACGAGAAUCUGAGAGACGCAUUUUCCGGUUUGCAGUCGAAGCUUCAGAAUGCUUUGAACGAGAAGGACCGUUUGCAGGCCCAGCUUUAUGAUGCCGAAUCAGCGCAGCUUUCGCUGCGGGACAAUCUGGAAGCGGAGAACAGCCGCCUCAAGGGCAUGGUAGAGCUGGGGAAAGCAGAAGAGCUGCGGCUGGGGGCAGAGAUCCUUGUCUUACGGGAGCGACUGCUGUUGGGCGCAGAAGGCCGGGGUGAAAGAGAGACACGACUCAUGGAGGAGAUUGAGCGGCUGCGCAGUGAGAGCGACCGGCUGCGCAGUGAUGCAAACGAGCGAAUGCUGGAGAUUAACAGCAUGCUGCGUGAGAAAGAGCGCUGGAAUGAGAGGGCCAUGACCGCUGAAGUCGCUAAGGCGGCUGCGGAGGCCAGUGUCAGGGCCGGCAAGGAGCGGUGCGAGGAGCUCAAAGAGGAGCUGGAGAAAGCAAACGUUGAGAAGGCUCGGCUGUCGGACGAGCUGCAGAACGCCGUCAGCGACGCAUCCCGAGAGCACGCGACUCGCGUCCGCGUGCAGCAGACUCUCGACGAGGAGCUCGCCGGCUUCACUCGGACCAUGGAAGCAGUGGCCGCAGAGAAAGCGCAACUGGUUCGGGAGGCGGAGGGGAUCGCCGAGGAGGGCGAAAGGUCGAGAAAGGAACUGACGAGCUUGCGGGCGGAGUGGGACAGUCUCAAGGCGCAGCACGCGAGAGUGGAGUCGGAAGCGGGACGGAAGGAGGCGGAAUUGGUUUCUGAGGUGGAGCAAUUGAGAGAGGAGGGGGAGAGGCUGCAGCAGGCGAUGAUUGCGCUCCGGAGGGACUUGACGGCGAAGGUUAGGGAAGGGGACGAGAUGAAAGAGGAGCUGUGGGGCCUGCGGACCGAGAAAGAGGAGGCCGAGAGCGAGCUGGAGGGGAUGAAGGAAGAAGCGGCGCGGCUGAACGAGACGCUUGUGCGGACGAAAGCGCUGUUCGAGGAGGCGACGCAGGAGAUCGGUCAGGCGACGCGCGACGUCAUCGAGGCGCGCACGCGGGCUGCGCAGCUGGAGGGGCGGCUCGAGGAGGAGCGACGCGAGGGGGUGGAGAAGAGUACGGCGAUCACAGCGUUGAAGAAGGAACUGGAGACUGUCGAGGACCAAUUGGAAGGUUUGCUGGUGAGCAGCAGGGCAACGAUUGGAACGAGGGAAGAAGAGCUGCGGGCGAAGAUGCGGGAACUGGAAGAGAAGGUUGGCGAGAUCGGACGGUUAGGAGGCGAACUCCGGGAGCGGGAUCAAGAAGCCCAGCGUCUGGGGGCACAGGUCGGCGCUCUAAGCGCCGCGCUUGAGGAAACCUGCCAGGAGUUGCAGGGGACGAAGACUGCGCUAGAGAAGCUUCAGUCUGGCCUGGCAGCGGAGCAGACUCGCAGCACGGAUCUUGCCUCCCAGUGUGAGAAGCUGGAAGAGGCGUUGGAAAAGGAGCGGAUUGCAGCGGUCGCUGUGAGGGUGCAACUAGAGGAGGUAUCGGAGCAAGAGUCUGCGUUGCGGGAGAUGCUCGGACGGCGGGAACGGCAGCUGGUGGACGCCGAGCGCGAGAUGCAGGGCGUCCAGGGGGAACUGAAGGCGACCCGUCAGGAGGUGACACGUGGCAGCGCGUCAGUGGCUGCCCUGCAGGCCGAGGUUGGCCAGCUGAACGAGCGGAACCACCAGUUGGCUCAGGCCCUGAAUUCUGAAAGCCAGCGGUUGAGGGUGUCGACUGAGGAGGGGGCGUCGCUUCGAGCAGAAAAGGAGGGGCUUGAGCGACGACUGGGGAAUGUGGAGGAGGAAGUCCUAAGACUUGCUGCGGAGCUGGCUCGUUCCGAACAGUUUGGAGCGGAUUUGACCGGCGACAAAGCGGCCUUGGAAAGGGAGUUGACGGAGACCGAGGCCCGCCUGCGAGAAAUACAGGCUGAGUUGGAAGAAACAGCAGCGGAGCUCGCAGAUACUAGCGCUGAGUUGGACCGCAGCAGAAAGCAUGUAGCCAGUCUAGAAAACAGCGUGUCGAACUUGGGUGGUCACCUGAGGUCCACUCGAGAAGGGAUUAGCAGCCUAGUUGCAGAGCUCGAAACGGAGAAACGAAUGCACAAGGAACUAGAGGCGGCGUUAGGUGUCGCUGAGGCCGAAGGGGCGGCGUUGGAGGAGCGCCUCUCCUCCUUGCAAAGAGACUUGGACGGAAGCAGGGCGGAAUCCGCUGCUCGGUUGGUGCGGGUGGCGGAAUUGGAAGGCAAGCUCGAGGAGAGCGAGCGGAAACGGACCGAGGGCCAGAAGUACAUUUCGGAACUGCAGGCGGGGUUGGAGCGCGCAGUUACCGAGGGCCAGCAGCGGAACCGCCAGCUAGUGGAGAUGAGUGAGACGGCGCAGAAACUGCGGGUCGACCUGGCGGAGAGUUGUGCACAAAAGGACGUGCUUGCUCGAGAGCUUGAGGCUGCGGAGGAGGAGGUGCGCGAACGCGAGGCGCGCAUUGGCAGGUUGACGGGCGAGCUGACGCGGCAGGUGGAGCGGAUGGAACUAGAGCGGGAGAAAGUUGCGGCCUCGCAGGCCGAGGUGGAACGGCUGGGGGCCGAGGUGGCGGCCAGCGUUGGGGAAGGGGAGAGGCUCGCGGAAGAACUAGCGGCGGAAGUUUCUCGGUCUCAGGAGAAGGACUCAAAGAUUACAAUGCUGGAAGAAUCGUUGGAGGAGGCCAACGGGAAGGGCGACCAGCUUAGAGCGAAACUGGGCGCAACUGAGGCUGCGCUGGAAGCGGCGCAGGUGCAGAUCACGGAGAUGACGUCAGCGCUGGGGGCCCGGGACGUGACGGUGCACGAGCGGGACGUCAGCAUCGAGAAGAUGGAGCAUGAGUUGGAGCAGUUCUCGCGGAUGGUGGGGGCGCUGAAUGAGAUCAACUCCAAGAACGAGGAGGAGAUGCGGCUGAUCCGCUUGAAGGUCGUCGACAUGGAAGGCCAGCUCGAGGUGAAGACCCACGAGCUGUUUGACUUGGAGGCUCACUCGCGCUCCCAGGAAAGAGCCUACGAGCAGAAGCAAAACGAGCUUGAAGAGUCGCUCAAGGAGAGCCAGAGCGAAAACGAGGCGCUCGUCGCCAGCAAUGCUGAGCUGGCGAAUCUGCUGGAGGAUAGCAGGGCGGCUGUGACCGACAAGGAUGCGCUGCUCGCUGAGAAGGACCAGCUCGUCACCGAGAUGGAGGCCAACCUGGAAGACGUCAAGACCCUCCUCGAAGAGAUGGACGCAUCUGCGGAGGCGCUGAGAGCGGAACGGGAGGCCCUGCUCGCGGCAAAGUCGGCCCUCGAAACCAGCACUUUGGAGAAGAACGCCCGCGUACAGGGCCUCGAGCGGGAGCUGAGCGGAGCCCAAGUGACGCUGCAGCGGAAGGGCGAGGAGUUGGACGGAUUCCGCGGCCGGUUAGAGCGGCAGUCCGUCGACAUCAAAACUCUCCAAGAGGCCUUGUCGUCCAACGAAGAGCAGCUGGCAUCCGCGAAAGAGAGUCUUCGAAGCAAAACGGAGGAAGCAGCGCGCCUCGAAACGGAGCUCCGGUCGCGGCAGGCGGACGUGGCGAGGCUGUCGGCGGAAGCCCAGGAGGCGGAGACGAGACUCGGGUCUCUAGAAGCAGCCGUCAAGCAGGGGAAGCUCUUUUCGGACACACUCCAACAGGAACUAGAGCGGGCUCAGGAGCAGGCACGGACGCUCGAGAGGGCUGCGGACAAGUUGAAGCGGGAGCUGGCGGAUCGCACGUCCGAAAGGGACCGGGCGGUGGAAGAGGCAAAAGAGAGGACGGAGGAAGCAGAGACGGCGCAGAAAGCGGCGACGGAAUGGGCGAGGAGAUGCGCGGCGGCGCGGCAGGAGGCGGACGAGGCGAAGCUGGAUUUGGACCAGGCGAAAGUGGAGGAGGCACAGGUGCGCCGCGAGUUGAGCCACGCCCGCAGCCAGCUCUCGAGCGAGCAGCAAGAAUACGAGAACCUGUCGGAGCAACUAGCAGCGGCGCAAACGGAUGCCCGGCAGGCGCGUGCUGAGGUCACCUCUCUGAAGCACACGCUGGGACUCGCCCACCAAGAAGCGCAGGAUGCGGAAGAGCGCCUCCAGUCAGCGGUCAAGAUUGCGGGCGAGCUAAAUAGUCGGCUCCAGCGGCAGGAGGAAGAGGCGGUGGAGCUGCGGGCUGCGCUGGAAAAGAAGGUCAGCGCGUUUGAGCAGCUGGAGACAUUACUGAGCGUGAAAACUGAAAAGCUGCAGAAAAUAAAAGCGGAGUUGAAUGCUGUACAGACAGAGCUGGAAAGUGUGCGGACGGAAGCGGAGACUAGGAAAGACGAGACUGCGGCGCUUUGCGUUGAGUUGGAGACGGUCCGGUACGCCCUCGCACAGAAGGAUGCGGCGUGCGAGGAAGUAAGUCGGCAACUAGAGGGGGCGAGGGAAGAGAUGCUGGGGGUGACUCAGGAACUAGAGCGGGGUCGCGAGGCGGUGCGGGAGCUGGAGGCGACUUGCGAACGGACGGCUGCAGAGGCCCGCGCGGCGUCGGAGAAAGUUUUGGAGGAGCACUGGGCGGCAACAGCCGAAUGGGAGGCACGCCUCGAGAAGAGCGAAGAGGACAUGGGCCGGUUGGAGUGCGAUUUGAGAGGCGCUAUCGAGGAGCGGGAAGCGCUUGCCAAGGAACGGGACGCGCUUACCGAUGAGGUGGAGAAGAAAGCGGAAGAGUUGCGGGCAACGCUUGAGGAGAUGACAGCUGUCAAGGGCCAAUUGGCGGAAGCGUCGAAGAUCGCGGAGGGUUUGCGGGCGGAGGUUAAGAAAGUUGGGGAGGAAGGGGCGGCUGCGCUGCGAGCGGUGCAGUCUGAAUAUGAUCGGCUGCGGGGGGACUUCAGCGAGGAUCUAGGAAGGGCAACGGCCGAGAUGGAGCAGGUGGUCGCUGCGCUGGACGCGUCUCGGACUGAGCUCCGUGCCCGGUCCGACGAGGCCGACGGCCUGCGGGAAGAGUUACGAGAAAUGGCCCAACGGUUGCAGGCGCUUCAGGGGACCGCUGACAGAGAGAAAGAGACGGGGGAGAAGCACAGGAUCGCCGCUCUAGUUCUACAGAGCGAGCUGGACGCCAUUCACAGUCAACUGGCGGCCGCUCUCGCUUCGCUGCCCCCCUCUAACAGUCAAGAGCUUGCCCCCUGGUCGCCUAAUCGAGCCGCAGCCCUGCUAGAGGACACGGCGACGGCGGACGAGGCUGAUGGUGCCGCUCUAGUUGCGGCCGAAGAGAUGGAGCAAUCAGCAGAUGAAGGCCGCAACAGCACGUCGCUACUGGCCUCGAUCAGCGGCUAUAUUGAGAAACUGCGGGCCGAUCUGGACGAGAAGCAGAAGGCCCUCUCCGCGGCAGAGCAGCGGUUGAAGGACGUGGAAGGCCGCAUGUCCUGCGCGGCCGCCAUCGACCUGACGCUGCUCAAGAACGAAAACGCCGCGCUGCAGCAGCAACUAGAGACGGCGGAGAAGCUGCGGCGGGAGGCGGGCGAGAUGGCGGCGCGCGAGCAGCAGAUGGUUACCACCGCGUUCUACGAGGUCAACAUGCGCUACCAGAAGCUGCAAUUCGACAUCCGCAACGGAGCUCUUGCUCCGCCCACUCCAUCUCCGAGCGAAGCUUCGACGCCUCUCCAAACAUCGCACCGCUUUUCGCUUGGAGGCCCUUCUGCCAGCAACUUUACGCUGAACACCGACUUCCGCGCAUCGACGCCCGCGCCUUUGUCAUCUACCGUCCGGCCCCAAUCGUCCGCAAAAAAGGCUAGCGACGUCCUCCGGGCGUCACAGGAGUUCUUGCGGACGUCCGGGGAGUUUCUCCGGAGGCCAGCGCCGGUGGUGCCUUUGGGCGACCACCAGCCCAGACAACAGCAGGCGCGGUCGCCAUCCCUGAAGACGGUAACGGACAAGCUGCGGGCAUCGAUGGCUUUGCCGCCCAGUAAGUCAACCUCGCGAGAGCGGUCAAAGGAGGGGAGCGAUUGGCUGUCAGCUGAGAGCAGGGCAGCUUCCGAGGCUGUUGGGCGCAAAGGAAAUAGUGGCAGUCCAAACAUGAAGAUGAGGACGCCUUCUACACCGAUGCAUCGGAUUAUAUAUGAACGUUAAAAGGAGGAGUCUGCUGCACUGCUUUGCUUUCGAGUACACAGUGGAUAUCGCUCUCAUGUACGAGGUAUUUUAAAUCAAAACUGGCCAGUUUCCACUAGAUCAUGGACAACAGUACCUACUUUUACCAGCACGCAUGCCUUUCAAAUUGGGAUCCACGGCAUCCGAUCUAGACAUGUUUAAGGAAGAGGAGCGCUUGCAAGCAGAACAUAGAGACCGAUACAUGCGCACCUUGGGUUGGGGCCGCUGCCUAAGUAACACGGU